AUGGAUGGGCAUGGGGAGAAUAUGAGUACAUGUGAGAUGGGGAGAGAAGAAGCCUUAAUGAUGGAAGAGCAGGGCAAUGCUGUUGAGCAAGAAGAAGAUAAUCAACAAAAACAGCCACAUGAAGAAGAAGAGGUUGCAAACGUUCAAGAUUCUGAAGAUGAAAUGAAUAUGGAUCAGUACCUGGCCUCAAGGGCUGAAUCCAUUCACCCCUCUCUCAGUUCUAAGCAGCCAAACCAAAUGGUGGGUCCUCGGAGGAGUCGUAGAAUUCCACGAAAACCACAGGAGUUGAUCGGUGAGAGUGGUAAUAAUUUGGAAGCUCCUUCUUCUGUUAUGGAUAGAGCUCAGUCUAGCCUUGAUCCUCAGUACCCCAGCUUUGCGAAGAAAAUGGUUCAUUCCAAUGUUGUAUAUGGAUUCUUUCUGAAGGUUCCAGAUUCGUUCUGCAAAACUUAUAUGCCCAAUCAUAACGUGAAAUACUUAUUGGAAAAUGAGGAUGGUGAAAUAUACAAGACUAAGUUCCUUGCUGCUAGAGGGGGACUUAGUGAGGGCUGGAGAGCUUUUGCCAGAAAGCACAGAUUGAUAGAGGGCGAUGCAGUUGUUUUCCAUCUGAUUGGCGAUAUGAAAUUCAAGGUUUUCAUAGUCAGAUCCACCAGCUUAGGAGUGGAUGGAACCCCUGAGUUGUUACAGUUGGAGAAAAAUAUCAAUGAUGAAGAUUGCGAGGCAGAGCAACCAGAAGAUCCUAAGCAUGCAGAGAGGUACAGGCAAGCCACUAUCGAGUAUAAUCUAAAAAAUGAAGAGAUGAAGACUCUUAAAACACAACUCCUGAAAGUGGAGCAGAAAAGACUUAAACUUCAUUCUGAAAUGGAGACUUUGAAGGAGCACAUCCAGAGGGAUGCAUCCAGGUUUCUGGAAGAAGCUACUGCUCCAUGGUGA